CCUCUCCCCUCGUUACCGACAGUCUGGGAUAUGAGAAAUGAUAUUAAACGGCUUCUUGAGGGCCGCGCCGCUGCCUAAUGACCGCCCGGGGCUGCUGCUCUGUGUCGGUGCAGUGAGGCCCCGCACAGUGGGGGAGUGAAGCCGGUACACAGCAUAUCUCCAGCUGUCUUGUUUUGGAUGAUUCUCAGCAAAUAAUAAAGACCCACGCAUGAGAAGAUCACAUUCAAUUUAACACAGGUUUCCCUUUCAAUAGGAUGAUGAAGAGACAAAUGAUAUUUGUUCAUUCAGUUUCUGUUGCGUGGCUCCGAAACCUUAGAUGUCAGUGUCGAUUCCAAAGCAGGAGCAGACCAGUUGCUCCCCUUGGUUCACGGAUUUUAAGUGACCCGAGCAGGGUUUUCGAACAUAAUAUGUGGGAUCACAUUCAGUGGACACCUGAACAAGAGGAAUUAGCCAGACAAAAAGCAGAAGAAAAUUCCAGGGUGAAAGUGUCAUUGGAAGAACAAGUGAAAUAUGAGAAGGAUGCAAGUAAAUAUUGGGAUGGAUUCUACAGAACUCAUCAAAGCAAGUUCUUCAAAGAUCGUACUUGGUUGUUCCGAGAGUUUCCUGAACUUCUUCCAGAUGGGAUACUUGCUCGAAAUGGAGCUAAAAAGGCCGCAAUUAUUCCUAAAUUUAACUCUCACAGUUCCUCGCAAACACAAUCGUCUACAAUUUCAAAAGGAGCAAAAUGUGAUUGCUUUAGCAGCACACAAACUGAACAAAUACUGUCUGAUGUUGUAAGCACCAAUUCUACAGAAUGCACAAAACCAGUCUAUGAUAUCACAGUGACUGCACAUGAAGAACAAAGCUGCAAUAAUUUAGGCAAACACAAGAAUCUGGGAGUGUUUCCCGGCUUUGGUCCUGGCUUCAGAAUUUUUGAGGUUGGAUGUGGUGCUGGAAACAGUGUUUUUCCUAUUCUGGCUGAAAUGCGACAUUCCGAUGGAUUCCUUUAUUGCUGUGAUUUCUCUCCAUAUGCGGUGGAUCUGGUCAAGUCACACCCUUCCUAUAAUGCAGUUCACUGUAAUGCCUUUGUUCAUGAUGUGUGUGAUGAAACAGACACCUACCCAUUUCCAGACGAGAGUAUUGAUGUAAUUCUCCUUGUCUUUGUGCUUUCUUCUAUCCACCCUGAAAGAAUGCCGGAGGUUGUGAAAAGGCUUUCUAAAUUGCUCAAACCUGGAGGGAUGAUAUUAUUUCGGGAUUAUGGCAGAUAUGAUAUGUCUCAACUUAGACUGAAAAAAGGUCGUUGCUUAGAUGGAAACUUUUAUGUUCGAGGAGAUGGUACAAGAGUUUACUACUUUACAAAAGAAGAAAUUGCUAAUAUUUUCAUAUCCGCUGGUUUGAAAGAAGUUCAAAAUCUAGUGGAUCGACGACUUCAAGUUAACCGGAAAAAGAAAAUUGCAAUGCACAGAAUUUGGAUACAAAGCAAAUACCAAAAAGAGCCAUAAGGUGCCAAAGUAAGGCUGAAGGUACUUACUUUUAAAGGUUGUAAGGAUUGUUUUUAUUAAAACUUAAUAAUUUAUUAAAAUUAUUAAAAAUGAGCUCAAACAGG